CGGACACAGAGAGGGUUGUCUCAAGUUAUGGGUACUGGCAUUGGUGUUGGAACGGCUCUUGCUGUGCCGCCGCUUGCCUACUACUCUCACUGCAUACCUGAGAUUUAGGAGGGCACCUUUGAGCUUCUUUCAGUACCUACAGAGAAAACAUCUACUAAAGAGGGCAUCCUGGUCGCCGGUACGCAGCUCUUAGCCCAGAACUCAAGUGCGGUAUGGGGUUGGCCUAUCCAGCAUGCCAUAGCGCAUCUAGCUUUCCUCUUCAACGUCUUUCGAGGUGCUCCCGACUUGCGUCGCGGGGGCUGGAUGCCGCAGUGCGGACCAGUUGUGCAACAGCCGGUGCCUCUUUUCCUGCUGGACGUAUACUACUAGCUUCUGAACGCCCUCACCAUCCCGUUGUCCGCCCUGUUGCAUCAGCAAGCAAUGGAACUGGCAUUUCUGAGAGCAAUCCUCAACAAGCGAGCCCUCAGCAGAGCACGAACGGGCUCGGAGCUGCUGCCACGAUAGCCGCAGCCCUGCAAAGCGUUGAUGACCGUUCCGCGAGCGUUGUCACGCCGCCUCGCCCAGCACAGCAGGCCCAGCAGCAGCCCAUCAUUAACCCUGUCCCUGAAGACGUCAUUGCGGAAUUUGAGCAUAAGCUGGAGGCGGACUUGCAGACGGUGGGAGUGACUUUGACGGCUAUCCUCGGGGUCAUCAUCUUCUGGAGAGGUGUAUGGUCGCUCUUAGACCACUUCCUGGGCGAUUCCGUGGUUGGCGACAUUUGUUGCAUCAUUGUGGGCUUGACAAUCGUGCUGUACAUUCGAUUGUCAGGGAUGAAGAUUGCGAGCUUCUGGCCCCCUAGCUGAAGGGGUCUGCAUGUGCGGAUUUUGCGCAGCAGAGGGCUUAGGUUGGGUUGGAUCAGGCAAGGUCGGUACACGGUUGGAAGUUUGCGUGUACUCUGCGCUAUGUUGGGAAUGAUAGGGCAUUUGGUGUGUCGAGAGGGGUGCUGAGUGAGAUUGCUGUGUAUUAUAUCAUGGUUGUAUUAAAUUAUUGAGGAAAUGCCUCCUUACAUGGAAGGGAUUACCUCCUAAGUCAUGCUGCAGUUUAGCAACCGCAAUUGGCUGAGCGCACAAGAAACAGG